AUGGGGUCCCCGACUGGAGAACAAGCAACCAAAAAGAAACGUUCUUUCGCUGCCGGGGAAAAGAAUAAGAGGGCGAAGACUACUGCCCCCAAGUCAUCUCCGGAAGUUGUGAUCACUAGCCCUCCUCCCGGGCCGAUCAUAGACACCGUGGUGGAUGACGAUGAUGGAAAAGCUAGUGAUGAUGGGGCUUCUCUACACAAAAGGCGACAUUCAUCAGCAACUCAACAUAAUGCUCCAUCUGCUGAGUUAACUGUUCCAACCGAGGACGACGCCUCAGUGCUUUGGGGGAAGUUUGAUUUGGUAGAAAAUGCCAACUCCUGCUAUCGGGUCCCAAAUGUUAUACCUACUACUGCGGGGCCGAGUACUGAGUCCUUUCCAUCUUUGGUUGGCGAGCACCCAACCACCAGCACUACACUUGAUGCAAGUGCUUCACAUCCUUCAACUCCAUCAGCUUUAUCCCCGUCUUCACCAUCACCAGCAACUGCUAUAUCACUUCUAUCAUCAUCCACUCUCCCACCAACAGCUGCUACCUCCACCUGCCACAUCUGA